AUGCCUUCUCCUGAGGACCGAUCCCCGCCGUGUCGGCAGCAGUCCCGCCUCGCUUCGCGUCCGGGCGCGGCUGGAAGGGUCCGCGGGGCGGGGCGGGGCCGGGCGGGGCCGGGACCGGGAUCGGGACCGGGGCCACUCCCGUCGAGGCAGAGGGGCCCGCCGCGGCAGAGGGUGCCGCUAAUCCUCGCCGCCCUGACCAUGCUGCCGGCCCUUCUCCGCCCCGGGCGGCUGCUGUCCGCCGCGCCGCUCCGCCCGCCCGCUCCGCGGGGAGCCGCCGCCGGCGGGGAGCCCGCCCGGAGCCCGGGCACCUCCCGCGCUGAGCAGGCUCACAAGGUGGUUGCAAGUUACAAACCCUCCAAGUUUGACAAAAAAAUCCUCCUCUGGACUGGUCGUUUCAAGACAGAAGAAGAGAUUCCUCUGAGGAUCCCGCCAGAGAUGCUAGACAAGGCAAGAAACAAAGCUCGAGUGAAAGCUUGUUACAUCAUGAUUGGACUCUCAAUUGUUGCCUGCUUUGCAGUGAUUGCUUCAGCUAAAAAGGCUGCUGCACGCCACGAGUCCUUAACAAGCUGGAACUUGGCAAAGAAGGCCAAGUGGCGGAAGGAGGCUGCGCUAGCCGCGGAGUCAAAAGCAAAGUAACUUCAUAUGAAAUGCCAAAUGCCCUUCCAGGAGCAAAAUUAACUGUUGCUGAGAGCAAUUAGCGAGUUUCACCCAUACAUGGACAAUAGUAUGCACACACUGGAGCCAAUAAGGGCAGUUACAGCAUCACAAAAAGAAAGGGAGGAUCUCUUUUAUUAGGGAGAUAUUUGGUGUACGUGUUGCAUAUAGUUAAAGUUAGUUAGAAUGUUUGGCAUAUGCUUAAAAGCAGUAAUUCAUUUUAAAGGAGAUGAGGUAGUUUUGUAAGAAUAUCAGGCAUCUUUAGUUAGAUAAUGACAAAAUACUUAAACCCACAAAGUUUUCUGUCUGGGACAGCGCCUAGUUUUUCAGCACACAAAUCAGACAGUUUGAACUCAUUUGCAUCAAUGCUGUAUUCAAAACGGUAUUUGCAUUUCCUAGUUUAAGAAGCCACACUUAUUGAACCACUAAAUAAAUACAAUAAACAUCUGUAAAAUAGGU